UAAAAGUCCUAGUCUUUAAAAAAUCCCUCAUUGCAAUAUUGAAGCAAGAGGAAGCCUGCAUUGCUUAUUCGUAAGACAUUAUGGAAUGCGUAUUUAUUCUCCUUAUGCAUGGGCUAUUGUUAGUCUAUGCCGUUACUGAACCACCACCAUAUCAGAUCGAUCCGAUGUUGCUUGUUAAUGGAGUGGGUGCAAAGGCAUCGUAUCCCGGUGGUAUUGACUAUCUUGGCAUAGGCUACAAUUUACUCUAUGGUAAUCCAGAUGGAAGCCCAGCGACUGCUGCCGCAGACCCAGGACUACGCCCAACUUGGAGAGUAUUUGAUUGGACCUUCAAUGGGGGUUCGACACCAGAUCAAGUUUCCUUUGCUCCGUCAUCAAGUUGUGCAAAAUCCCAGAAACUCGAACUAUUCCACAAUGCGUACGCCUAUGCGUCAAAAUUUGAAAAUGACGUUAGCUUUAGUGCUGGUGUUCGCUUCAGAUAUGGAUCCACAAAAUUUAGCCAUAGCAGCUACUAUAAAGAAGUAUCAGCAUCAAUGCAAAGCAAUUCUUAUGUUUACUAUGAAGAAUUAGACUUGUGCUAUCGUGGGGAAGCACGGUAUACAUAUGGACUUGCGCAGGUCGACAAAUACCCGUUAGCUAGAGCAUUCGUUCAAAGGGCAAAUGUACUUCCGACUACGUAUGCAAAAGAAAAUUACGACUAUAUGAAAUUCAUUCAUGAUUUUGGAACUGAUUUAUUAGUACAUAGAAAAAUUGUAUUCUUUCUGUUCUUAAAUCUUGUUUAUGUUACUUCUCGUUUCAAGUAUUCUUCAAGCACUUCCCUUGGCGGUUCAUACAUGGGAUUCAAGAGUUCAAUUAAUGUCAACACGGACUCUGUCAAAACAAAUAUGGAUACAGGAUUCAGCGCUGGAUUAAAAGUAGACGAUUUCACACUUGGCGACGACAACUUUGCUAUGCCGUAUUCAUACAUCUUAAUGGGUAUGGAGGAAGUCUUCGAGACUGAAUAUUGGCAGUUGAAUGAUGACUAUGUGAGCACGGGAAUAUUGUCUGCUGAUUUCUACGGUCGUCUGUCAACUAUGCGAUCUAAUAUGGAACUAGCGUUAGCAGACUACCCAGCUUGGUUGGACAGCGAUGAAGCAAAAGAAGACCCUACCGUGACUGUGCCUAUAACUUGGGCAAAGGGAGCAUUUGGACUUCCAAAGACCAAUACCGGAUGUCCACAGACACCCGGCUUUACGUUCCAUUCCGGUUGGCGGUAUCACGACUCAGAGGAUGAUGACAAUGGCAACCGUUGGUCAUCUCCAAACCACUUUGUCAGUGGCUCAUUAGGAGGUAAUAUGUAUCAGCAUUUUUGUAUGAAGACCCAGGACACGGUUACUAGGUAUGAUGUCGAUUGGCCUAAAGGGCAGUACUGUGUGUUUCAUCCGUCCAGCGGCUACUGUCCAACAGGAAUGGCAGAAGGAUCUAUUUACUGGGAUGAUGAAGAUGACGACAACAAAAAUAGCUAUUCAGGAUCGUUACCACGUGGUAGCUACGGUGGAAAUACUAAGAUAUAUUACUGUUGUAAAAUUGACGGGUUCGCAGAAAACAGCAUCUUUCUUCCUACUGAUUCUCCGUUCUAUCUCUUCCCGUAUACAAAUGUCUGUCAGGCGGUUGAAGGAAUGAACGCGAAUAUGGAGUACUUCAGAUGGGACAACGAAGACGACGACAACAAAGAUUAUGACAGUGGUUGGCACCCUUACAAGAACAGUGGCAGUGAUCAUAAUAUAUAUUAUUGCUACUACACACCUAAAUAAACAACACACGCCCUCGUUUAGCAUACAGUAAGUAUGGAAAGAUUAAUGGUGUAAACUGGUAAAUUUAUAAGCUUAUAUUAGGCUUGUAUUUGAUUUAUCUUGGACAGAAAAUGUAAUUUUACGUAAAACGAAAAUAAAAUCGCCAAUAGUCUUA